AUGCCUGCGGGCGAAGAAAUCGCAUUUGCCGGUUCGGACUGCACCAGUGCGGCUCGCACUUACACAGCUUUUGUUGUUCAAACAAAAGUAGUAAAUGCGUUGGAAGUUCUCGCCGAUUCGUACGCACCUAUUGAUGCUAAGCAUCACGAAACACUGGGGCAAUCAGCCAUGACUCCCACAUGGGCUUCCUCCACACAUCCAUCAGAGACUGUGAAUCAUGAACUCAAUGGACAAACGCAGAAGUCUAUACCUCAUAAAAUUCUACACCAGUGUCCAAAAUGCUCAAAAGUGUUUCGGCACGCUAGUCAGCUUCGUCAGCACUUGGAAACUCAUUCGGAUUCGAGGUCAUACAAAUGUGAUUUCUGUGCAACAUUUUUCAGGUCACUCCGAAGUCAGAGGGGUCAUCUGGUGGGAAAACACUUCGACAGAUUGGCAGCCGGUGAACGCACAGGCGACAUGACAGACUCAAGGUUUUUGAAUUGGAAAGUCUAUUUGUGUCAAUAUUGCGGUAAAAUAUUGCGAACGCAAGCCGCGUUGGACGCACACGCUGGCGUCCACACGGGGGAGAGACCGUAUGCUUGUGAAGUGUGCAAAAAUACCUUUAAAACUCCUUCCAGUUUGACGAGACAUACAAAACAAUGUCACCGAGAAUCCAAAGAAGAUACGCUCCUUCCACCCAAAAAGGCGGCUGCAAAAUUUCGAACACAGGAUCCUGACGUUCGAGGUGCACCAACCUUCCCGGAUGCAGUUAUACGAUGA